GCAGCUGGUCUCCUAUAUAGCCUACCCGUGCUGCCGGACCAUCCACUGAACUCGCUUCAUCAGAGUCAACGGGCCAUGGGGAAGAUCACCUUCUAUGAGGACCGGGGCUUCCAGGGCCGGUGCUACGAGUGCAGCAGCGACUGCCCCAACCUGCAGCCCUACUUCAGCCGCUGCAACUCCAUCCGUGUGGACAGUGGCUGCUGGAUGCUCUAUGAGCGCCCCAACUACCAGGGCCGCCAGUACUUCCUGCGGCGUGGCGACUACCCGGACUACCAGCAGUGGAUGGGCCUCAGCGACUCCAUCCGCUCCUGCUGUCUCAUUCCUCAAACAGGCUCCCACAGGCUGCGGCUGUACGAGAGAGAGGACCACCAGGGCCUCAUGGUGGAGCUGAGCGAGGACUGCUCCAGCGUCCAGGACCGCUUCCACCUGAGUGAGGUCCGCUCCCUCCACGUGCUGGAGGGCUGCUGGGUCCUCUAUGAGAUGCCCAACUACCGAGGGCGGCAGUACCUGCUGAGGCCCCAAGAGUACAGGCGCUACCAGGACUGGGGAGCCGAGGAUGCUAAGGCUGGCUCUUUGCGGAGGGUGGUGGAUUUGUACUAAAAUACUUCACACUACCAUUUUCUCACUUUGGAACCUAAUAAAGUAUUUAGUCUGUAUUGUUGGCAA